AUGGCACAGGAAGCAGACGACAAAGCUACUACACUCGAUAUGGUUAAGCUUAUUAGUGCUGAAGGUCAUGAGAUUUACAUCAAUAGAAAGUGUGCGAUGGUGUCGGGCACGAUUCGUGCUAUGCUAAGUGGUCAAUUCACGGAGAGCAAAGGCGAGAUCACGUUCCCAGAUAUCAGCGCCCCUAUCCUGGAAAAAGUGUCACAGUACAUGUACUAUAAGACACAGUUUUCCGACAGCACAUCACGGUUACCUGAUUUUACUAUUGAACCAGAGAUUGCCAUGGAGCUGCUCAUGGCAGCGAAUUACCUUGAUUGCUAA